AUGGCGGACGCUGGUUACCACACGCAGGAGCACGGAAUGAGCCAAAGAAAGCGCCGUGAGGGUAUACUUGACGGCGAGUCGGCUCUCAAGAAGAUCAAAUUAGAGGAAGAGACUCCGCCGGAGGCUAACCCUAAUACAAUUGAGGCUGUGAGGGAGAAAAACAAGGCAUUGGAUAUUGACAUGAAGGAAAAAAAUCGACGAAUUUCUUAUCUAACUAAAGUGUGCGAGACGUUGUACCGAUCGCGAGGCGUAACAGACGCUUUUCUCCGCUGCCUAAGAAGGCAUUGGUUUCAAUUGGAAGAUGAGCUGCUCGCUGCAUUGAAGACAGUAGAUUCUCAUGCUGUCUCAAGCGAUAUCUUAAAGGAAGCCUUGCAGUCCUCUCAAGACGGCUUUGGCCACAUCCGCGUGCGCGAGGAGGAGCUAAAACUUGAUUUGCCAGAGUGGUUUAUCAUUGUGGCCAAGGACGCAGAGCAGGAAGAACCGGACGCUGAUGUGUCGCUGCCAUACGACGACACUCUUUACGAAACUAGUAUCAAAGCAGAGGAUUUAUCAGAGAUGGAAAAGGAGGUGAAUAAGCAGCUUGAGGAGAAAAGCAAGAAGACAAAGAAAAUACUGCAACAAUUGCUUGCUGCAGUGGGAAGCGUGUCUGAAGACAAGUCUAGAUUUAUUGAGUAUGCUCAUAUUGUGCACGAUAAACGAGCAGCGGUGACUAAAACAUUGGAAUUUAAGAGCCAGCUUCUGGCGUGUCAAAAGCGGAUAGCUGAGCUUACGCGUGAUGUUGAGUUAAAAGAGACGGAGCGUCAUCGUGCCUGUCGUGACUAUGAUCGCUUGAGUGCAUUAGUGAAGCAACAGGUUGCAGAAGCUGCGGUGAACGCUGGUGACAGCGUUGUGAAGACGGAAAUAGACGCUAACGGCGAACAAUCUGGUGAGAAAACAAUAUCCGAAACAACAAGCAUUGAGAUGGUAAAACAGGACGAGCUUGUGGAAAAAGAGAAAGAAAAUGCGAAAGUUGUUGCUUUAUUGAAAGAGAACGUAGGAAUUCUGAGUAAGAAGUUAUACCAAGAACGUCAUAAAUUUGAUUCCGUGAAGCAAGAGAUUGAAAAAUAUAAAGCUUUGGAAGUAGCGUGGGAACACGAUGAAGCUACUUUAGUUCAGGAGCAUGAAGACAAACUUAACCAGCUGCGCGAAGAAAAAAAGUUUAGUGAUGAAGAGUACAGGAAGCUUAUUCACAAAACUAAAGAUCUCGAGCACCACAUGAGUGAGAAAUGGGAGAAAAAAAUCUUAAAAAUCCAGGCGGAGAUGAGCACGACGAAGUCGCAAAUGGACGAAUUAAAGUUGAAAAAUGUAUCUCUGCGAGAGAAAGUAGUCAACGCAUCAACCUAUAGAGAUCAGCUGACUGAAGCCAAGUCAGAGCUGGAGUUAGUGAAGCGUGAAAACGCAAAAUUUAUGGCACAAAUUGAGCGUGAACGCAGCCGAACAGAUAGAGUACAAGCAUCGGCUGACAAGCAUGAAUUUGAGAUACUGCAAAAGAAGGUAGCUCUAUUGGAAAUAGAGAAGCAAGAAUUGCAGCAGGCGUACGGUGCCGUAAAGCAUGCCGAAAAGGAAAAUGUCCAUGAGAGUUUGUCUGAUGCCUUAAAGCGACUAACUGAGGUGGAGGCGAAAUUUGAGGAAGAAAGGCAAAAGUGUUACGUCUGCGUUUUGGAUAGGGAGAAGCAGCUUGCUGAGAUUGAGAAUAUGAAGGCUGUAAGCGAAUCUUUACGAGAAGAGAACGACGCUUUAUUACUCGAGAUUGAAACGAUGACGAAAAGUAUGGAGUCUCUGCGUCAUGGUCGCAAAAAAUAUAUUCAACAGAUUGAAGAGAAGCGCAGCGCAAACAAAAAGCUUCACACGUUGCUUGCAAGGGAGGAGCAAGCAAAGUCUCAUUGUUUCGAGGAGCUGGCCGCUGUUCGGCUACAAGUCUCGACCCUGAGCACUGUCCACAGACACCAAAAGACAUUAAUUGAAUCCUUAAAGGAAUCUUUACAAGCUAAGGAGGUCGAGCUCGAGAAUUUCAAGGAGUAUAUUAAGUGCGUUGAGUCGGAGCGCGAAGCCUCAGAUGCUGAAAAACGCAAAUUGUUGCGGGAUGCAGAAGUUGCAAAAUUGAUUUGUGCGACCGCAGAGAAGUCGCAGCAGCAACUGCAAGAAGAGAAACAGAAGCCGUGUAAAGAGUGCGAGACGCACAGCCGAAAGCUUGAGGAUAUGGAGCAGAAGCUGCAGCAUGCCAAGUCAGCCUCUUUGACCGGCGAGCUCACUGAUCUAGAGCGGUUUGAGCUGCGCGAUUUGCAGAAGGUUGUCAAUUGCUCUGUGUGUCAGGAUCGACGCAAAGACGUGAUCAUUUCCAAGUGCUUUCACAUGUUUUGUAAGGAGUGCAUCGAGAAUAAUCUCAAGUCCCGCAAUCGCAAGUGUCCCACAUGUAAAAAGAUGUUUGGCCAAGACGAUGUCAAAACCGAGGCAGUUAGCGCAGCGAGUAGAACAAAACAACAACGCUGUACGACAAGUCGUUCCUAUUGUCGAUUGUAUGCUCCCGAAGACGCCGUCCUGGUAGUGGGAGACGGCGAUUUUUCGUUUUCACGUGGACUAAUAAAGCACCGUGGAACAGGGCGAGGCGUGCUGGCGACUUCAUUUGACUCCGAAAGCAAAGUCAAACGCAAAUACUCGAGCGCAAAGGAUUGUAUCACAGCGGUUUGGUCCUCGCAUGGCAUUGUAGUGCACGAUGUCGAUGCCACUAAGCUGCAUGAAAUGCCGCGACAAGUCAAGACUGCCAUGGGUUUAAUGAACAUUCCGGAUUUUUUCCAAUACAUCGUCUUCAAUUUCCCUCAUAGUGGCGAGCAACGCGUGCACAUAAAUCGAGCGCUGCUACGUAACUUUUUUGAAAGUGCUCGGACCCGGCUGAUGGCGGAUGGAGAAGUGCACGUCACACUCAAGACACGACCUCCAUAUUCAAACUGGUUUAUUGAGGACCAAGCCAAAACCGCAGGCUUUGUGGUAAAAGAGCGACGAAAGUUGGAUAUGUCACUAUUUCCAGGAUAUCGGCACCGUACAACAGACCCACAGGCUAAAGAAUUUGAGCCGCAUCUCUGCGUCACUUAUGUAUUUGUGGUCAACCGGUCAAAGUAUCCCUUUUUGGCAUUUCAAGCUGACCCAGGUGCUGCUGAUGCCCAACCAGCAGCAAUGUAUCUCAGUGAGCAACACAAUUUGGCUGCCGCUAUUGUCAACAUCGCGGAAGCAAAAGCUGCUGCGAGUGCGAACGAUAGAAGCCAGAUUCGGCAUAUCGCUAAAAAAAAUCAAGUCUCGACCAAAACAGCGAGCGAGGACCCAAAUCAGUUGAAAAUCAAUAAAGGCAGGCUUUGGAAACCUGUGCACCGAAGAGAUUUAAUUUCUUACAGAUAA